AUGUUGGGCGGUGAGGGCCCAACCGAGAAUGCGAGCGCGGCUACGGCCGCCCGCCGCUACGUCACGUCGCACGCCGGGGCGAGCCGCCAUCACUGUAGGAGCCGCCGCGGGCCACGCAGCACCCUCUCGCAGCCGCCCCCGACGCCGCCUCCGCCGCCAGCUCUGUGUGAUGUAAGCCGGCUACCUAUCCGAUUCGGCUCCGGGUCCGUACUACGGCCGGGUGACCACGCCCAGCUCGUCACCGCCACGGAGCCCGCCGCCGCCUCGGCCCCACACAUGCAGUCGACUACCGGCCGCCACACCGACACUGGCGGCUUCGCAAAGUGUGUGAAGAACAGUCAUUAUAUGAAGAGAGACUCCCAAUAA